AUGACUUCUCCAAUGAUUCAGAAAGACAUUGUUACUGCAUGUAAGAUAGAAACAACUAAAGCUAUAAUUGAGGAACUAAAUAGUGAUUACUUUGCCUUGCUAGUUGAUGAAUCUUUUGAUACGUCCUGCAAGGAGCAAAUGGCUAUUGUCUUACAAGAUGAAACAGCCAAGGCAAUGGAAUAUCUCAGGGCUUGUCAAACAUUUGAGUCUUACAUCAUUAUCGGAUUGAUGUAUUUUGCAAAAUUAUUGAUUGGAAAAUUCAAGAAACUUAAUGAAAUUUUUGACGAAGAGACAACUUAUUUGCUUCAUGGAAUUGCUUGUUUGAAUCCAAUUAACUCAUUUUCAAGUUUUGACAUCAGGAAAAUAAUGGGAAUGGUUGAGUUAUAUCCUGAUGACUUUGAUGAAUUUAGUAUGGGUACUCUUGAGAAUCAGCUUGCAAGUUUUAUUAUUGAUGUUCGUGAUGUUGAUGAAAGAUUCUCCGAUCUACAUGGGCUUUGUGAUCUUUCAAAAAGAUUAGUUCAGACAAAGAAGCAUUCAAAUUAUGCUCUUGUAUUUCUCUUAGUGAAACUUGCUUUGCUUCUGCCCGUUGCCACUGCAUCUGUUGAAGAAGUUUAUCAAGAAUGA